UUCCCCUUCCCCCUUCAUCUUCACCUUCAAAGGCCUGCAAUUUUGCUUUCAUUACUCUCUGUCUCUCUCUCUAUAUUGUUCUUCAGACACAGCAUCAAUUACUCUCUGUUUCACGUUUCCAACAAAACCAAACCAAAGCCUGUCCUUGUUUCGAAAACACCAACACUGACCCUCUGUUUCUUCUCACCAUUUUUUCAGCUUUUUGAACCCUUCUUUACAGAACCAAAACAAAACAAAACAAAAAAAAAAAACAGAAAAAAACAUGUUUAGAGUGGAGAAAACACUGAUGAGAGAAGAAAGAUACAGGCAUAAGAGAGAUAACCCAUCUUUCUCUUCUUCUUUACUCGAUCAAAUCUGUCGUUCCAUCGAUGAUAAUGAUGGUAUUAGCGACACCAAAAGUCAAGGCUUGAAAUUCAAUAGCAAAAAACAAGAGAUUUGGGAUCCCCAACGAGAUUGUUUGAUCGAGAAAUGGAUGGAAAACAAGGUUUCCGAGAAGAAAAUUGCAGGGAAAAAACAGGGUCUCAAAGAUUUCAAAAGGAAAUCACAUCAUCAUCAUGUGAGUUUGUUUAGCUCAAGUUCUAGCUCAUCGGAUUCCAGUUCCGGUGGGUUUUUUUCAUCAUCCGACACUGAAUCUUUGUAUGGUUCAAAGACAAAAGCUCCAUGUUUUGUUCCUCCACCAUCACUACCAAAGCCUAAACCUGUCAGGACCAGCGUGUCGGCUCCUCCGGAGAAACUUGAUGAAAGGUCGAAAUCGAGAGCCAUGAAAAUCUAUGGUAAUUUAAAGAAGGUGAAACAACCCAUUUCACCUGGUGCCCGUCUCGCCAGUUUCAUCAAUUCUCUGUUUACAAAUUCAAAGAAAACCAAGAAUCCAGAUGAUGAUGAUGGUGAUGGUGAUGACGAAUACGAUGAGAGAAAAUUGAAGUCAAGCCAGGUUUGUUCGUCAGCUUCAUCUUCGAGAUCAUGUCUAAGCAAGAACACGCGAGAAAAAUCCCGCAAUGGGGUGAAAAGAACAGUCAGGUUUUGUCCGGUGAGCGUCAUCGUCGACGAAGAUAGCAGACCGUGUGGACAAAAAGGUGUAUACGAACAACAAGAGUCGAGGUUGCUGCCGGUUUCGGUUCCGACGGCGUGGAAAAUCGGGAAAUCGUCGUCGGAGGUGAAGUUUCAAGUAAUGGAGAAGAGUAAGCGAGUGGAAGAAAUGGCUAGGGAGAUUAUCAGAGAAUAUCAUCAAAAUCAGAAGAAAAACAGUCAUUAUGAUGAUGAUGAUGAUGAUGAUGAUGCAGGUAGUGAGUCGAGUUCGGAUUUGUUCGAGUUGGAUCACCUUGUUCUCAUGGGAAAUGAUAGGUAUAAAGAAGAGUUACCAGUGUAUGAAACUACUCAUGUUGAAACAAAUCGAGCCAUUGCUAAUGGCUUCAAAAUGUAAUUAACUUUCAAACAAAUAUAUAGUGAAAACCAACAUUUUCAGCUUUAA